UCGGACUAUGUCGUGUCGUCAUACACUCCAACACUAGGAGCUUUGACGAAUGCACGAAGGACGUACAAGCCCGUAGUGCGAGAAAACCUGAAAGCCCUGGUCGGCGCCGUGCCUCGUCCAUACGUGGAGGAUCUUUGUGACCUGCCCUCCACGCUUGAGGAGAUGAAGACCGUCACACAAGCAGUCCCAUCCUCCGGGCUCCUAUCCCUCCCUAAUGGGGAGAACGCACUCGAAGUCGAGGGAAGCGGGGGUCUAUCCGCCCAGGCGCUUCUAGACCGGCUUCCUCAGGCAACGAUCCUGCACCUCGCAUGUCAUGGCACGCAAGACGCAGAGCACCCGCUUCGGAGCGGGUUUGUUAUGCGCGACGAGACGCUCACAAUUGAGCGGCUGAUGCCUGUACUGCUUCCCGAGGCUUUUCUUGCGUCUCUGAGCGCGUGCGAGACGGCGAAAGGGUACAAGGCCCAACCGGACCAGGCCAUUCAUCUCGCGGCAAUGAUGCUUUACGCGGGUUUUAAAAGCGUCAUUGGGACGCUUUGGUCGAUGGAAGACGCGGACGGACCGAUGGUUGCGGAGAUGGUUUACAAGGAGCUCUUCAGAGGCGAUUCGGAGAUACUCGAUCCCGACAACGUUCCCCAUGCUCUCGACGCGGCCGUUCGGCAUCUUCGGUCGGUUCAACCGGAGCCGAGCCGAUGGGCUCCGUACGUCCACUUUGGGAUGUAG